UAGAAAUCCUUAAAACUCUUGAGUCAUUUAUAAAAUUAUGAUGUCUUCUAAACAAGCAGAUAUUUAUAGAGAGCUGCAAUCUUCCAUAAAGGACGAUAAAAUGUAUUGGUUAAAAAACGAUGCCAAAUUAAGAGCUGUAGUAACUUCUAAAAGUUACGACGAAUUCAAAGAUUACGUAGCUGCAGCCCAUCUAUCACCUUUAACAAGAAAGGAAAUGACAGAAAAGAAGUCUGUGAGCUGGAAUAAAUCAAUGAGAUAGCUUUAAAUGUAUAAAACAUAAUAAAUAGUUUUGAA